AGGAGGACAAGGACAGGGAGGACAAGGACAAGGAGGAGGAGGAGGCUUUCCUCGUCAGCCUCUACAAGUUCAUGAAGGAGCGGCGCACGCCCAUCGAGAGGAUCCCGCACCUCGGCUUCAAGCAGAUUAACCUCUGGAAGAUCUACAAGGCCGUGGAAAAGCUGGGAGCCUACGAGCUGGUGACGGGCCGCCGGCUCUGGAAGAACGUGUACGACGAGCUCGGGGGCAGCCCCGGCAGCACCAGCGCGGCCACCUGCACCCGGCGCCACUACGAGAGGCUCGUCCUUCCCUACGUGCGGCACCUCAAGGGCGAGGAGGACAAGCCGCUGCCCCCCAGCAAACCCCGCAGGCAGUACAAGGUCUCCAAGGACGACAAGAGCAAGAGGGCCAGGAAGGAGAAGGGCCGCGAGCAGCUGGCUCCGGACAAGGGGCAGCCGGAGGCGGGCGCGGAGGAGGCGCCAGAGCGGGGCCGGGGGACAGACGGACGCUCCAGCCCGGCCAGCCCAGCCCCCAGCCCCUCGGGGGGGUGUCCCAGCCCCUGCAGGACCCACAGCGAGACCUACAAGCGCCUCUUCUCCAGCUUCUACUCCAAAGGGAACCAUCCCAUCAUGUCCCCGCUGGCCAAGAAGAAGCUGCUGGCGCAGGGGCCCGGGGAGCCCGAGCAGCCCCAGGAGCUGCGGAGCAAAGCGGGGCGAGCGUGGGAGGUCCGGCCCCCCGCUGUCCGGGCCUGCUGGGUGCCCCCCGGGGCCACCUUCGGCCGCGACCAGGAGGAGGAGGAUGAGGAUGAGGAUGAUGACGAGGAGCCCUUCACGUCACGCGCCGUGUCCCCCUUGGCCAAGGAGGGCAGGGACGGGGAGAUCGGAAGAGUCCUUUUUGCCUCCAGGUGA